GCCAUGGCAACGCCCAAGAGGCCCGGGCCUAGUCUCACUCUAGGCCGCCUCUCUUCCUGCGCUUUCCCCCGGCCCCGGGGAGCGGGAAACUUAACUCCCAGGCUCCUUCUUAAGCUCCCCCGGGGAAGGCGAGUCGCGAGCUCCGGGCUCCCUCUUCUUCCUCCUCCUCCUUUCUCCGCCUCGGGCUCCUAUGGCAACGGGCCCGCGCGUCUCCCACUUGCCUGGGCGCGGCUGGUGCAAGAGGCGGCGGCGGGCGGCGAGGCAUGAGAGCGGCGGCCGGAGAGCAACUGGAGCCGAGUCCCGGGGAGCCGGGGAGCAGCCGGAGUUACGCGGAGUACAAUGAAGCGGGGCAGCCCUGGAAGAAGUUUGUAUAUGUCGAACCACCUAGGAGAGUUAAGGAAGUGCUGGAAGAAGAGCUUUAUUUUCGGAGGGAUGAAUGCAGAAUUAAACACCCUUCAGAAGCGGCUCUGGAAGGAAUUUGGAGCUUGAAAAGGAAUUUCCCAGUGGGAGGCUUCAAGCCGGCAUCACAGAAUCCAAGUAGCUUGCUUUCACAGCCCAAGUACUACUCCAGACAUGCCGUAAUAAGAAGUAAGAAUGAAAUAUCUGGGGGCUGCAUCCUGCAUCAGUAAACAACUCUGACUUUCAAAACAUUCACCUGGGAUUGUCCGUCUUGGAUAGCCCCUGUGAAAAGCAGCAUUGAUGGAAGGGACAGGAACUAGGCAAAUUCACAGCUGCUAUUUUUAUCCAAAUGCUGAGUACUAUAUUCUAGAACUUGUAUCAUAGCAUGUAAAAUAAACUUUUCAACCAUG